AUGGAAAUACCCUUGGGGGUUCGAAAAGGUGCAUGGACAGAAGAGGAAGAUAAUCUUCUGAGGAAGUGCAUUGAGAAAUAUGGUGAAGAAAAAUGGCAUCAAAUUCCUCUAAGAGCAGGUUUAAAUAGAUGCCGGAAAAGCUGUAGGUUGAGGUGGCUGAACUAUCUCAAACCAAAUAUCAAGAGAGGAGAAUUUGAAGCAGAUGAAGUUGAACUAAUUUUGAGGCUCCAUAAGCUGCUAGGCAACAGAUGGUCACUGAUUGCAGGUAGGCUUCCAGGAAGAACAGCGAAUGAUGUGAAGAACUACUGGAACACGCACCUGCGAAAAAAGACUGUUUCUUGCAACGAAUAUAUCAAAGAAAAGGGCCGAAAGACUGGAACUGUGAACAUUAUUAGACCUCGUCCUCAGGCCUUCUCCAAAAACAUAAGAUGGUUGAAGGACAAAAGUAUUGUUGAGAACACUGUUCAAUCAGAAGACAAUUCUCUCUGCCAGCCAUCUACAACAUUGGAUCCACAGGAUAGUGAAAGUGUGUGGUGGGAAAACGUGUUAAGUGGAAAGGAAUUUGAUCAAGGUGCUUCCAGCUCUUCGGGUCGGCAAGAAGAGGAGGUUAUGCCUAUGGCAAACCUUUUGGAGGAAAAUUCUUCACCGGGGACAACAAAGGGGGAAGAGAACAAUAUUUUUUAUGAAGUAGGCCAGACUUUGCCCACUGAUUUAUGGCUUGACGUUAACCUUUGGAAUCUUUUCAACACAGAACAACAAAAGUUCAUUUAAUGGUGUCCUUAAAGAUUACUAGCUAGGUCUCAUCGCAUCAAGUUGCCCCAAAAUGUUCUUGUGUAUGAUAAUUUAUUUUCUACUUUUGACGUGGAGUAAUUUACUUCGUUCUGUUGUGCCUUGUGCGGCAUGCA